AACAAAAUAAAAAAAAAUUAAAAAUUAAAAAAAAUGGAUGAAGAAUAUGAAGAUAUCACGUGUUGUCAUCGAAUAACUAUAUUUCAUCCCAUGAUACGAAACAUACUUAUAACGAAACCGGUUAUACAGUAUUUUGGAUUCGAUGUGACUUGGGCAAAUUUAUUUGACAUAACGACUUACAUAGGCAUAAUAGUAAUGGCUUGGGCAGUAUUGUAUUUUUUAUUGGACAAAACGAUGAUACCAAACAACGAUGGUUUCGGUUUAUUCUUUCUUGCAAUAUUUUCUUAUUGUCUUGGCAAUUUUUUUUCGAUUAUCCCAUAUGUAAAACUUCCACCCAUGCUUGGAAUGUUAAUCGCUGGCUUGAUUGUUCGCAACUCCGGACUUUACAAUAUUCACGAAGAACUUGGUAUCAUAACAACCGCUAAGAUCAGAACAUUUUGUGUAACUUUUAUCAUGAUACGUUUUGGACUUCAAUUAUCAUUUACCAGUAUAACUAAGAAUACAAUGUUCAUAAUAUUUUUGGCUAUCGUUCCUUCUUCAAUCGAAAUACUCAUGAUCACAGUAUAUUGCAGAUUCAUUUUAUUAUUUCAUUGGGACUGGUCCUUUAUGACUGGAACAAUAGUUAGUGGUAUAUCGCCAGUGGUGAUCAUGAACACUUUCCUAACUUUAAUCGAACAAGGUUAUGGAGAAGCUAAAAGACUAGACACAAUUCUCUCCACUGCUGCUUGCAUCGACGCUGUGCACGUUAUUUCCCUGUUCGUGCUUUGUUUUUCGAUCGUUUUCGCUAACGAUGAAUAUAAAACUCAAUGGUGGUUUUAUUUAUCCAUCACUCUUCGCGAUUUAAUUUUGGGCCUUUCAAUGGGAAUAUUUCUAGGGAUUUGUUUCAUCUUUUUCCCCCAUCGUAGUCAUAGAUACGUAGAUCGGUAUCGUGUAAUCUGCUUGAUACUCGGCUCUUUGAUGUGCACAACAGGAAUUGCGAAGAUAGCCAUUUCCGGUGCAGGAUUUUUAUCCACUUUAACAAUAGCAUUUAUCAGCAUAAGUGGUUGGAAAAUUUUGUCGCAUAAAUUUGAUUCAGCUAAUUUACGAAGAAUAAUGCAUACACUUUGGAAGCUGGCACAACCAAUUUUGGUCGGAAUUAUAGGUGCUGACAUUGAUAUCACACUGUGGACUAUAUCCAGAUUCGGAUUACAUUUAUUUUGCAUUCUGAUUGGAUUAAUGGGACGAUGCGUUACUGCUUAUAUUGUAGCAUGGUCGAUUAGUUCAUUUACAUGGAAAGAACGACUGUUCUUAAUUACGGCUUCUAUACCAAAAGGUACUUUGCAGGCAGCUUUAGGGCCAUUAGCAUAUGAUCAAUUAAGGAACAACGAAGGAAACGAGGAAUUCGAAAUGGCUUUAGACAUCGUCAGAUUAUCCGUACUUACCUUUUUCCUGGCACCGAUCGCAUGCUUUUUGAUGAACUACACUGGACCGAUUUUCCUUGAACAAAUUACUGAAGAGCAACGUCAAAAAGAUCGCGAAUUAAGUUAUUUGCGAAUUCUUUCUCUUUUGCCAGAAUCAUCUAACAAUCAGGAAUUAUAAAGUUGUGCUUACAUGCUUUUUCUAUUAGAAUCAAUCGAUUGCUGACAUUGCAAUAUCGAUAAUCAUGAUCAAUCAAUCAGAGUUGUUGAUAUCUUCGCGACAAAUGUUGCAUGUUAUAAUAUAAAAUUUAGUAAACUUGAUAUGUAUUAAAGUUUUCGUAGAUAAAUCCAAUUGUUGAUACGAUUUUUCAUCACUUUUUUUAAAAAUUUUUUCAGAGCUGUUUGUUAUGAAUUUAUGAUUUUUAUUUGAUAUUUUAUCCUUAAAAUAAGAAAAAAUUUUUCAUAAUUUAUAAAACUUUGUAUUUGUAAUAUUAAUUUAUAACCUUAAUUAUAUAUAAUCUUAUAUUGUCGUAAUAUCUUGUCUGAUAUCCUAAUUGUAUAUUAUUGAUUAAUUAUGUAUAUAACA